CCAUCAAAACCUCAGUCCACCAUUUCGUCAAACACCUUCCCUCCCUCUCUGCAAAUCCUUCCAGAUCCAAAACCCUCGCCACCUCCCUACCUCCGAUCUCCGUGCACGGUCCCCGCCUCCCCUUAGAUGGGCAAACUCUCCGUCGUCACCUACAUUGCGGUCGCCGUCCUCCUCCUCCUCCUCGUCUCCCGCUCCCCGAGGUCCCCCUCCGGCCAUGGCCGCGGCCACCGCCGCCUGAAGCUCCGGUCCAACUUCACCUUCGUCAAGGCCCCCGCCGCCGCCCAACACCCCCGCCGCGAGCCGGUCCCGUUCGAUCCGCUCGUGGCGGAGCUGGAGCGGCACAGGGAGGACAAGCAGUGGGAGAGGGAGUACUUCGAGCACGCGCACCCGGAGGUCGUGCAGCGCGCCGCCGCGGAGUCGGCGCCGGGGGAGGAGUCGCAGCCGGAGUGGGAGGAUUUCAUGGACGCCGAGGAUUACUUGAAUGACGAGGAGAGGUUCAAUGUCACCAAUAGGCUGGUUUCGCUAUUUCCAAAGAUUGAUGUGGAUCCGCCAGAUGGGUUCGUGACUGAGCAUGAAUUGACAGAGUGGAACUUGCAGCAGGCCGAGAGUGAGGUCAUGCAUAGGACUCAGAGAGAGAUGGAGCUUCACGACAAGAACCGAGACGGUUAUGUCUCAUUUGCAGAAUAUGAGCCGCCUAGCUGGGUCCACAGUUCAGAUAACGACUCCUUUGCUUUUAAUAUGGGCUGGUGGAAAGAGGAGCAUUUUAACGCAUCGGAUGCAGAUGGAGAUGGCCUACUCAAUAUUACCGAGUUCAAUGACUUUCUCCACCCAGCUGACAGCAACAAUCCAAAGCUUCUUCAUUGGUUAAGCAAGGAGGAAGUAAGGGAAAGAGAUUCCGAUAAAGAUGGGAAGGUCGACUUCAAAGAGUUCUUUCAUGGGCUUUUUGACUUGGUAAGAAACUAUGAUGAAGAAAGCCAUAAUUCAUCACAUAGUUCUGAUGAUUCAAUGGAGGCUCCUGCCAGAGUACUGUAUAAUCAGCUCGACAAAGAUGGUGAUGGAUACUUGUCAGAUGUAGAACUGCUACCUCUCAUUGGAAAGCUUCACCCUUCGGAGCGUUAUUAUGCCAAGCAACAAGCAGAUUACAUCUUGUCACAGGCGGAUGAUGACAAGGAUGGGCGUCUAACAUUGACGGAGAUGAUUGACAACCCCUAUGUAUUUUACAGUGCCGUCUUCAAUGAUGAUGAAGAUGAGUAUGAUUACCACGACGAGUUCCGCUGAUCUCAUACUAGUCCAGGACAUCGACAAACGCAGGAAUUCAUUUUAAACGAUUUACUGAAAGGUUCAACAUCGUUUAACAAGUGUCACGAGGACUUGAUUCUUGUGGGAUCGGUGCUUACCACGGAAAAAAGUCUCUUGCAAUUGUAUUGUUGUGACAAUAUAAAGUUUGUAGCGAACAUUUUUGUAGCGAUCUGAUAUUUCUGACUUAUUUUCCUGUUUCUUUUUCUUUUUUUAUUUCAAUUUGUUUGUCACUAAGUUAUAGCAUCUUUUCUUGAACCUGGAAGGACCGAUAGAGUAGAUUGAUACGGGUGCGGCCCCACAUUGCAAAUCUUUAGCUUGCGUUUGUAACAAUCUAAGCAUACAUGUUCGUCCCAAACCUUCAAUAAUUGAAGGUCCAAACCUAAAUGUGCACAUCUCCAUUAGUUUCAUGUAUUAGAUUUUUUGUGUA